AUGCUACUUUCGAGAUCCACGCGGGCGCAGUCGAGUCUGCUCUCCUUCAUCGUCGCACUCCAGGUCCUGCUCAUAGCAUCACCUGCCUCCCAAUCGGGCCUCGUACACGCUACCGACCUCCCUCCCGCCUCCGCGAUCGAUCCCAUCAGCCAACCUAUACUACAAGCCGGGUCAGCUGCACAUUUAGUAACAGAAGAUGGCGAGAGUCGUGGCGAUGGAAAUGCAGGCUAUGCGCCCGAAUUCGAUUACUUCGAUCGGAAUCUUCGCGGGCGACAGGAACCCCAGCAAUCUACAACCACUGAAUUGAAGGAGAAUGAAAGAAAGGCACUGGAUAUAAGUCCAGGUACCACGGCAUUCUUUGUGCUCAAGCAGGGCCAAUCACGCCUGGUACGAAUGGAGGAGUCCGACCUCGAAGCGCUGGAAGCUCGAGGAACAGACAACACAUCUGACGACCUGGUCGCAAACACCGAGGAAGGUCUUGCCGGGGACAAUGCAGAUGACCAGUUGGAGAAGAGACAAGCUGCGAGCAGUAUUUGGGUCUCUGCAAACACCUGUCGUCAGCCCAAUCCACCACCGCUCGACCAAGUCGAAAAGUCCAACAACAAUCCGCAGCUUGUUAUGUACAUCUCGACAUCGUCGCGAAAUCAGAGACCUGGGCCGACCUCGACCGAUGACCUAGCUACACCUCCUAUGGGACUACUCUUUGAGAAUGGGUUCGCCAGCUACGCUCUCCAGGCCAACUCCGAUGUGUACAUAGGCGUCUCUGCGCCAAACCUGGAUAAUGGCUGGUUUGGCAGCUGGAACUUCGAGUUGGCAGUCAGCUCCAACGGCUUCUACCACAGCUACGACGGAGCCGAUCCGUUCUUAUACAUGAUUGAUACGGACAGCGAUUCCGCGCUCUUCAUCACGUACAACCUUAGCGAGGCGAACGUUAAUGACACCGACAAAUGGAUGAGGGACAAUCCUUUCAAAAUGUACGCGUUUGAGGAUGAAAGUAUCACGAACAUCACGGGAUUGGAGCGAUCGAUGUGUGCCGUCCAGUACUACAACCAGUCGACCAACGUCACGAUGGAGACCAGCAUUACAACCAAGUUCGGCGGCGAUCUGCCCAAAGCUCAGUUCCAUUUGCAAGGCCUCAAGGCUGGCAAGAAGUAUAAUGGUUUCUUGGCUGUCGGUGGACAACAGGACGUUCUGCAACUCCCUGGAAAUACUACGGUGCGCGGUGGAGGCAUGGUCUUCCAACAGUUUGACUUUACUACCAAGGCCGACGACAACUGCCAAGUCAUCUUCGACCUCGAAUUCUGCGACUCAGUCGCCUACGCAGUGCCCUCGAACCCCGACUACAAAGACGACGACAACAAGCUCAAAGCCCUCUACGACGACCAAGCCAAAGCCUACUACCGCAACUUCUCAAACUCCAUAGCCCAAGUCGCUUGCGAUACCUACGCCGAGGCCCAGUACUCCCUCGCACGCACCUGCCGCGACUGCGAACGCGAUUACAAAAACUGGCUCUGCUCCGUGCUCAUCCCGCGCUGCGAGGACUGGAACGCCACCGGCGAUUUCCUACAGGAGCGCAAUGUCAACAUGCUCCUACCUGACGGCGGCGUCACGUUUGAAGGAAACGUCUCGGCCGAAAUGAACGCGACGAAACGCGAUCGUUUGGGCUUCAAUAGCACGCGCAACCCUGGUAUUGACAAGGUCACGCCCCUUGGGCCGUACAAGGAAAUGAAACCCUGUGAGGACUUGUGCUUUGACAUCGUGCGCAGUUGCCCCGCGCAGUUGGGCUUUGCGUGCCCGAAUAAUCCGGCGCGCGGGCUGACUUAUGGGAAGAGGGAUCCCGAUGAUAAGGAGUUGAGGUGUAAUUUCCCGGGCGCGGUGGUUAAGCUGAAUAUUCUGGGUGGCGCUGGGGCGGUGGGCGCGAGGAUGGGGCUGGUGGUUGGAGUCGUGAUGAUGGUUGUGAUGAGCUCGUGGUAG